AUGGCACUCAUCGCGUUGGUCGUCCUGGCACUGCUCGUCGCUGUCAACGCAAGUCUAGCUCCAAACUACCCGGUAAAUGCGCAAUUACCGCCUGUGGCUCGAGUCUCACGGCCAUUCCACUUCGUCUUCUCACCAGGGACUUUCGGCGGUACAGAAGCGGGAACACAAUAUUCUCUGCAAAGUGCGCCUUCAUGGCUACACCUAGACAGUUCAAGCCGGACCUUAUCCGGUACUCCUACAAGUCUAGACACGGGACCGAACAAAUUCAAACUCGUGGCCAACAACGGGCCAGACUCUGCGAGCAUGGAAGUUACUCUAAUCGUCACGGCAGAGGAUGGGCCGAAGCCUGGAAAGGCACUGCUGCCACAACUUGAAGCCAUUGGUGCUACAUCAGCACCAUCAACCAUCUUCGUGCACUCCGGGGAUUCGUUUGUGAUCUCGUUUGAUCAUGAUACGUUCGCGAAUACUCACACCUCGACCUUUUUCUAUGGCACGUCCCCGCAGAACACCCCUCUGCCAUCAUGGGUUCGGUUUGACCCGUCUAAUCUCGCGUUCUCCGGUACGACCCCCAACACUGGGCCUCAGACGUUUACAUUCAAUCUUGUCGCCUCGGAUGUCGCUGGCUUCAGUGCGGCCACGAUGAGUUUUGAGAUGACCGUCAGUCCGCACAUUUUGUCAUUCAAUCAGAGCACGCAGACUCUGUUCCUCACUAGAGGAAAGCAUUUCAGUAGCAGUCACUUCCGCGACAUUCUAACCCUAGACGGCAGACAACCAGGAAACGGUGAAGUGACUUCUACUGAGGCCCAGGCUCCGAGCUGGUUAACCUUCGACAGAGAUACUAUCUCCUUGAGUGGCACUCCCCCCGCCAAUGCCAUGAACGAGAAUGUCACAAUCUCCGUGAGGGACACGUAUGGAGAUGUCACUCGAAUGAUCGUCACUCUGCAAUAUUCACAAUUCUUCACAGAGGACAUCAAAGAGUGCAACGCGGUGAUUGGCGAUGACUUCGCACUGGUCUUUAACAACUCGAUCUUGAAAAAUGACUCAGUCCAACUCGAAGUGAAUCUCGGUCAGCGACUGCCCUGGCUGCGGUACAACUCUGCUAACAAGACUCUUUAUGGACAUGUCCCCACGGAUCUUGAACCGGGUAGCUUCCCCAUCACGUUGACUGCUCGUGAGGGGACUGCAGAAGACAGCGAACAGUUUACUAUCCGUGCUGUGCGAGGGGGCCGACAAGACGGUAGCGUAGCUAAAUCAGCAGACUCGAACAAUGGCAGGGGUGCCCACGGAAAGAAAGCCGGCAUCAUUGCCGUCGCGGUUGUGAUUCCUAUUGUUUUCGUGAUGGUUCUCUUUGCAGUCUUCUGCUGUUGGCGCCACAAGCGCAAGACGAAAGCUGCAACGCAAGAAAAAGGGCAAUUUCCGACUGAGAAAGAUCCAAGACUAACUCCUUCGGAUCUCCCUCCGUGCCAGCCAUACGAAACGGUCAAACCCGAUGACCCUCCUAUCAUCCUCAGGAGCCCGUCGCCGUCCUCAAAGCCGCCAAAAUUGGAGCUGAGACCUUUGUGGAGCGAAAAAUCGCUGGAAGAGAGCAGGCAAGUGCACGAUUCGGACGACAAGGAAAACUCUCUUUCACAUUCGACGAUCGAAUGGGACUUUGCCCCCUUGACACGCCAUAAUCCGCAAGAAAAACAAGCGGAGGAUAUUCCUUCCCAGAAUAAACGACUGUCGUUCCAGAGCAGUCCCUCAUUACAUAGACGAACAACGGCCAAUUCCACAAAACGAGAGCCCCUUAAAUCUAUACAGCCAAGAAGAUCAUUGAAGAGGAAUUCGGCGGCCUCGUCUAGGUCCCGAAGGUACUCCAGGCGCUCGAGCGGCAUUUCAUCUGUAGCCUCUGGGCUACCGGUAAGGCUGAGCGGCGCAGGUCAUGGAGCUGGAGGAUUCGGGCCUCCUGGACAUGGAGUGGUUCGAGUAUCAUGGCAAAACACUCACGCUUCUCUGCAAAGCGAUGAGAGCAGCGUUGGAAAUCUUGCUCCCCUGUUCCCCCGGCCUCCCCCUCGUGGGAGAAACAGCGUGGAAUUCAGGGUCCUUGACCAUCCAAGACAGCUCACGGUGCGGGCCGUGGAGCCAGAAAGUCCAACUAUUUCAGAAUCCGAUUCUUUGGAAGCCUUCGUUCAUUACCGGGCGAAAAAUAGAAACUCCUCCAACCCCAUGUUCUCAGCGCAAUUCACACGCCGGACGUCUUCUGGUCUCCGCGCCCUAGAGAGAGCUCGAAGUACGGCUAGUCGCGCGGACACAAUGUCCAGUUCUAUCUACAACGAUGGUCGUCGACAGUCGUACAUCCAGGACCGUCCGGGUUCGAUGGCGAUGUCAGCAAUGUCUGCGUCCGUCUAUACAGAGGACAACCGCAAUUCGACCUUCUUGCAGUCACUAGGUCUAGAAGCCUCGAGCGCCCGACCUAUCGUACCAUUACCAAAAAAGCAAAGCCAAUCGAGCCUAGCGCAGAAUUAUUCCAAAAUCAUCUCGCCACUUCCCCGGUUCUUCAGCGAAACAAGCCUGAGUAGCAGUCGACGGUUGGAGCACGGCUCGGACGAUUCCCAGAACGUAAAUGAAGAUUCUUGCGGGAGUCAACGUCGAUGGUACCGGGGCAAUCCUUAUCUGCAAGGAGAUUUUAGCACCCAUCGGUUUUCGCUGCGGAGGAGUCCUUCAACCUCAUCGGUUCCAGUCGACAGUACCGUACGCCGGGUGAGUCUGGUGCGGUUUGCUGGCAUGGAGAACGGGGGCGACCAGACCAUGAAUUAUGACCAACGAUGGAGAAAUCGUCAGUCUGUCAGCAUUGAGCAACCUGGCGACAAUGUACAAAGGGAUGUUGUAAACAGUGUCAGGAGCGACGCUACUUUUGUGUGA